AUGGCCGACGUAGUCCUCACUACGCAAGAGGACGGCACCAAACCGGACCAGUUCGCCACCCCAGUCGAGCUCACUCCCGCCGAGCUCGCCGCCCUUCCUCACGACGAUGCCGGUCCAAAACUCGUGGCCUGCGUCUGGACCCUUACUUGUGUCGCUGGCGCCUUUUUGGCUCUGAGACUCUACUGCCGGAUGCUCAAGAGGCAGAGUUUGUGGUGGGAUGAUUACUUUCUCAUUGGAGCUAUCUUGUGCAUCACCGCCGAAUCUUCCUUGAUGACCUACAUGACCACAAUGGGAUACGGCAAACACAUUUGGGAUUUCCCCAUGGAGAACAUGAUUCACCUUUUGCUUCCCAUGAACAUUUCGGGCACCCUCUCCGUCACGGCUGCCGUGUGGUCCAAGACAUCCUUCGGCAUCACCUUGCUUCACCUCACCGACGGCUGGAUCAAAAAGGUCACCUGGUUCUGCAUCAUCAGCAUGAACAUCGCCAUGGGCCUGUCCGCCUUGUUUCCCUGGGUCUCUUGCACGCCUAUCCAAAAAGUCUGGGACAUGUUCGUCGAGGGCACGUGCUGGGCGCCGCACAUCUUGGUUCGCUACAACAUCUUUUCGGGUUCGUAUUCGGCCUUUAUGGACUUGACACUUGCCAUGCUCCCGUGGAAGUUCCUCUGGGGCCUCCAGAUGAGAAACAGCGAGAAGAUCGGUGUGGGUAUCGCCAUGAGCAUGGGUAUUUUUGCUGGCAUCACGGCCAUCAUCAAGACCAGCAUGGUCAAUGUCAUGUUGUCUGAGGAUUUUGCCGACGCCAUUGACCUUUGGAUUUGGGGCAACGCCGAGGUUUCCGCUUCGAUCAUCGCCGCCUCUAUCCCCAUGCUUCGUGUUCUCGUUCGUGACGCAAAAACCUCGAGACAAUACCACAGCGGCUACGUCAAGGAAACCGGUGCCAGUGGCAACCGCAGCAGAAUGAUCACCAUCUCCAGCCGGCCCGCCCCCACCAGCAGCGAUCUCGAGCUUCACCGACUGGGUGACGACGACCAGAGCGACCGAGGAAUCCUGGUGCAGAACGGGGAGAAGGUGAACCCAGGCAAGAACGGCAUUGCCCAGGUCACUGAAUUCACUGUUCAGUAUGAGGAUGAAAAGGCGGCCCAGAAGGUUUAGGGGUCCGGCCCUGUUGUCAUGUUCCUGGAAUGAAGUGACGGCCGGUUGAAAGGAGGUUCUGGAGAAAAGGUGCUG